CCUUUUUUCGCUACCAUCACCACAUCUGGAUCUGCCUACCCGGACCUUCAGCUGUAAAAAUGAUGCUCGCUCUGCUGUGCUAUGUGUUCGCCGUGGCUUCGGCCCUGAACUACCUGGAGGACCCAAACAAGAUCUCAAGCCGCAUCAUCAACGGUGCAGAGGCAACCCCUGGCGAAUUUCCCCACCAGGUGACGCUGCUCAGAAAUGGCUACCAUAUGUGCGGGGGCUCCGUGAUUUCCAACGAAUGGAUCCUUACUGCAGCCCAUUGCGUUGAGGGACAGACUGCGUCCAAUCUGGCCAUUGUUGCCAACCUGCACUCGUUCUCUAACCCUGGAUCCAGCUAUCACUACUUCUACAUCUCCCAGAUUAUCAUGCACCCUCAGUACGGGGUGGGGAGCGGCGCUUAUCCGAACGACAUCGCCCUCAUUCGCCUCAACAAGGUGUCCACACCCGUCGACAUCUCGGCCAUGGCGAUUCCAAUCGCUAAGGACCUGAAUGACAAAUUCGCCAACGCGCAAUGCGUUAUCAGCGGCUGGGGAGUCACCGAAAGCGGCUCGGGGUCAAACGUACUCCUGAAGGCCGAUGUGCGCGCAUACCCGCACACGGAGUGCCGCACCGCGUGGGGCACUAACAACAUUGUGGAGAGCGCUCACCUCUGUGUCAAGGGCGAGUCGACCGCCGCAGGGUCCGGCUCGUGCAACGGCGACAGCGGUGGACCACUCGUGUGCAAGAACGUGCUUGCGGGCGUGACGUCAUGGGGAAGAAGCGGAUGUCACGUGGGUGGCACAGUGACGCACCCGAGCGUGUACGCACGUGUCAGCACGUACGCCAGUUGGAUCGCGACCACGUGCGGUGGUUGCGUGUAGACGAGAGUCACGUGUUGCCGACCAUUAUCGACGACCUCGCAACUUCUGUAGACGUAUACGACAAUAAAGCAUUAUAAAAAAAAUAGCGUCUUAUUA